AUGCCGUAGAAAUAGUGUUGCCAAGGCACUUCCGGGAAUAGCUUGUGUUACCAAACGCGCUUCACAAAUAAUCUUCCAUGUUUAAUUGGGACUGAAUGCACUGAUGCAUGGACACAGAACGUUACUUUAGUAGAGUAAAACGUUCUCAAUUAGCUCCGCGUAUCUGAUUUAUUUCUUCUGGUUGCAUUUCUAGGCUGCAAAUCACGUAGCUUAGCUUAGCUCGCUAGCUGCAAGCAAAGCAACACAUCGCUCAACAGAGUUCGCGUACGAGUGAAAAGUGUUGAGAGUGUCGAGUGAAAAUGUGUAAAGUGGAAAUGUUGAGAGCGAUGUUGAAUGCACGACUGAGUGCGGCCGUCGAAGAAAUCUUCGGAGUUCUUGCAAGAACGAUUGCAGAAUACGAGGAGGAACUUUGUCGGGCCAAAGAGGAGAACGAGAGACAACGUCAGUUGCUAGACGCUGUUUCCAGGCCUCAAGAUGAACCACACACACACAAAGCAGAUGUCAGUGAAGAAAGUCUACCUCUCGAGGAGCAGGAGCGGAACCCCAAGGUGGAGCAGCAGGAGCCAGAGCCAGAGCCUCACCAGUAUCAAGGGGAAGAGGAGGAGGCUGAUCCCUUCCUCAUUAAAGCGGAUGAGGAGAGAGAGCCCCAUCAAUUGCUGGAAUUGCCAUCUUCCCGUGUCAUUGUGAAGUGUGAAUAUGACGAAGACAAAAGUCAGAGUGGGGCGGAGCCUCCAAGCAGCAGCGCAAGUCGGCAUGUGAAGACAGAAAGUGAUGCGGACCACUGUGGAUCAGUCAGCCGCAUGGCUCCACCAGCACAAACGCACUCUCCUCAAUCGGAUGACUCGAAAGGUAAUAUGACUUGCCACACUGGCAACACACACUGGCCAUGUUCUCAAUGUGACAAAACCUUUGGUACCAAGUAUACUUUGAGAAGGCACAUGAUGAUUCACUCUGGAGACAAACCAUUCAUGUGCUCGGUUUGUGGCAAACGAUUCUCUCAGAAGGCACACUUAACGACACACACCAGAAUACACACGGGAGACAAGCCUCAUUCUUGCUCCGCCUGCAACAAAACUUUCAUCGAUUGUUCAGCGAUGGUUAAACACACAAGGAUACACACUGGGGAGAAACCUUUUGCAUGUUCAGUCUGCAACUUACGUUUCAGUGAUCGCUCCAAUUUGAGUAAACACAUGAGAAGACACACGGGAGAGAAACCUUUCGCCUGCUCACUAUGUGGUAAAAGAUUCUCUAUUAGGGGGCAUUUAACAACACACACCAGAACACACACUGGAGAGAAACCCUUCACAUGUGCCAUCUGCAAUUUAAAUUUUAGCGAUCGAUCGGGACUGGUUAAACACAUGAGAACACAUACCGGGGAGAAACGCUUCUCCUGCUCAAUCUGUGGUAAACAAUUUUCUCAAAGGGGUCCUUUCAGCAAACACAUAGAAAUACACUCUGAUGAGAAACCAUUCAGUUGCAAUGUGUGACCAAAGAUUCUGCCAUCUUAACAAAUACAAGUUUCCUGCUGAGAAGAAUGCUGAUGCUUUGAAUACAUUGUGAAGAACCUUUAACCUUUGUCUUGUAAGCUUUAAAUGUGUAUGCAAUCCAAAAUAAAAAAUCUUCAACUGUU